AUGGUUGCAGGAAGACAAGUGCGAAACACAUCGGUGAUAACAACUCCGUCACCGAACGGCGGUUCGAUAAGUACUUCAAAUAUAACAGUGACAGUUGGACAGAAUAAAAGAUCUUUGGUUGUUAUUUGCCACGGUUUGAACAUGCACUUAACUGAAAACAUUGUCGGAACGCACACGAUCAACGUUUUGUAUCCACCCGGCCAUCCGAUAAUUAGCGGUUACCCAAAAGGUACCAAUAUUCCGGUGGGUACUGUACAA